ACUAGUUCAACAAUCUUUUUAUCGGCUUCCUGAAAGACGAAUUUAACACCCAUCACUGUAAAACAGCUGUGGAAUGUAAAACCAACGAUUAGAUUUUAUUGAAUGAGAAAUAAUGUUUACAAUUCUGCAAUGUAUUGAGUUUGUCUUUUCGUCACGUGAUCGGCGAUCAGUAGUACUGCGCGAUAUCAAGAUGGAGGUUGUACCUACAUUCGAAUCUAUGCCGAAUUUUCGACCUGUUGUGGUAAAAGUAACCCCUGACACGAGCUCAACAGAAAAGCAUUGUCAAGCCACUCUGUACAGAUCUUCGAGACCGGAUUUUUUGGAGAACGAUGAAUUAAAGAAAUUUGAAGAACUGGGCAUAAAGUGCAUUAUCGACCUUCGAUCCUCGAAAGAGUAUGAGAAAGCUAAUGGAGCUAAAAAUUUGAACAAGACAUUUACGGUGAACAAGAUUAGCUUGCCAUUACCAUGGAAAAAACUUAAAGUUGGCGAAAAAGCUGAAUUGAAACCUAUUGAAAAAUAUUUACCAGAAAAUACUGAAAGAAAAGGAAAACAUGUUUUGGUUAAUUUUUUUCGUUUGAAUUACAUAGUAGCAGUGUUCAGUCGAGCUCCCUGGUACUUGCAGAUUAUGUCUCUUUUCUACUUGCUUAUUGAUUUAAUUGGAAAUACUGGUUACAAAAAUUUUGUAAGAAUAUUUGCACGUAACAUUCUUAAUCCAGUUGGAAUUGCUGGACAGUAUAAAGAUAUGGUAACUUACAGCCAUGCAAGUAUCUGUUCAGCUUUAAAACUACUAACCGAGAAAGAAAAUAUUCCAGCAAUGUUAAAUUGUGCUCAUGGGAAAGAUAGAACUGGAAUUAUUGUCGCCUUAGUCAUGCACAUUGUCCGCAAACCACAGAAUGAAAUUUUUCAAGAAUAUGCCAAAUCCUCUGAAGGUCUUCAAGCGAUGAAAGAUCGUUUAUAUAAGGAAAUUGUUGUAAAUUUACACAUGUGUCCAAGCUUUACUACGGCAAAAGAGUCGACUAUGGAAGAACUUUUUAAAUUUCUUACAGAUGAAUAUGGUUCAGUUGAUAAUUAUUUAGAAUUUAUUGGAUUCAGCCAAUCAGAGCAAGCCAUGCUAAGAGAAAAUUUACUGGGCUCCUCUUAAAUGUGCAUGCAUAUUGCCAAAAAAGUUUUAGGCUUAAUUUUUCUCUCUUUAUAUAAAUACAUCAAAACAAGAUUGUUUAACAUGUUGUUUUUACUGCUAAGUUACUUCUAAAUUGUUAAAAUUGUAAAAUAUAAUGACCGAGCUCAUACAAUAGUAAUUUACGUCUAUUGUAUUAGAAAACAGGACAUCAAUAACUAAGAUUUCUCAGAGGAAUUCAAUCAAGAUCAACUGUGUUAAAUUAAAGUAGCACUGAGCAUUUAAAAAAAAAACGACAAACGAUUUUUCUCCUCGGCAUGAAUCACAACAAAAUUUUACUUGUGAUUCUCUCCGUUCUCCUAAUGCAUAGUCAAUCGGUGACGAUUUCUCCGAGGUUAUAUCAGCAGAUAAGAUCGUGUGGAGAUGAACUGGCAAGUCAUUUAGAAGAAGUUUGUUUAAUUGCUCAAAGAGAGCAUUUUGCUUAUCAGAAGGAAAAACGUCCUUUGAUAAAAAGUUACUUUCACAUUAUUGAUAAACGAGAAAUCAGAGAUGAUAUAAUAAGCAGAUGUUGCAGACAAUCAUGCUACAAGUUUGAACUAAUGAAGUUUUGUCAUUAAGUGGUAACUUUUGUUACGUAUGGACUUUUCUCUCGGCUAUUCUCCGUGCGAAAAAUAAGCAAACUAAAUCUUUAAUUUUUGAGGCUGCCAUUAGAGUUUUCUUUAUAUUCAUAACUUUAUUCUAAAUUCUAUACAUUUAAUACAUUAUGC